AUGGUUGAGUGUGCCUGUGCUUUCCGUUACAAUGGGCUCUCCUUUGUCUACCUCAUCUACCUCCUGCUCAUUCCUCUGUUUUCAGAACCCACAAAAACAACGAUGCAAGGGCAUACGGGACGAUUAUUAAAAUCUCUGUGUUUCACCAGUCUAUCAUUUCUGCUGCUGCACAUCAUCUUUCAGAUUACAAUAAACAGUCUUGAAGCUGGAAAAACUAUUGAACCUGGUUUUAACUGUUCAACAUGGGAGAAAACAUUACGGCAGAUUGGUUUUGAAAGUGUGAAAGGAGCAGAUGCUGGCAACGUGAUCAGACUGUUUGUACCAGAUAUUGGGAUGUUCAUUGCUAGUCUGACAAUAUGGCUCAUCUGCCGCAACAUGUUUCAGAAGCCAGUAACCGAGGAUGCAGCACAGUGCAACAUGCAAUUUGAAAAUGAGGAAAUGGCUGUAAGAGAAAAGUUAGAGCCAGAUGAUGCUUUGAUGUAUGAAGAAGAUCUGGAUGAUGAAGACUGUGGUGAAGCAGAAUUUGAGGAAACCAUGAAAUUAAAACUGCUGCGUAGAAUUGCCUCCCUAGCAUCCAGACUGAGGGAGUUCAUUGGACACAUGAUAAUCACCACUGGAAAAGUUGUUGUUACAAUUUUACUUGGUUCCACAGGUAUGAUGGUGCCAUCUUUGACAUCAGCUGUGUAUUUCUUUGUAUUUCUGGGCCUGUGCACAUGGUGGUCCUGUUGCCAAGCAUUUGAUCCGCUGAUAUUCAGCUGUCUCUGUGUGUUAAUGGCUAUAUUCAGUGCGGGACACUUAAUUGGACUUUACCUGUACCAGCUACAGUUCUUUCAGGAGGUUGUUCCACCAAAAGAUUUCUAUGCCAGGUUGUUUGGUGUGACUUCUCUUACUCAGACAAACUGCUCAAGCACUUGGAUGAUCAUCAAAAAUCAAGAGUUACAUUGGUAUCACCAUGCUAAUCCAAUCUUACUGCUAGUGAUGUACUACACCCUCGCAACUCUUAUCCGUCUUUGGCUACAAGAGCCCAUUCAGAUGCCCGACGAAGAGAAAUCUGUUAGCAGGGAAGAUGACAAAGAAAUAGCCUGCAGCCCAAUUCCAAUGACAGCGGAGAGAAGACGCAGUCUGUGGUAUGCAAGCCACUAUACAACUGAUGAGAGAAAACUUCUGUCAAUGACCCAAGAUGAAUACAAGCCAUCGGAUGUGCUGCUGGUAACAGUGAACGGGAACCCUGCUGACUAUCACACCAUCCACCCCACAAUGCCGUUAGAAAAUGGUCCGGCCAAAGCAGACAUGUACUCAACACCACAGUACAAAUGGGAGCCUUCGGAUGACAUGUCAGAAAAGGAAGAGGAGGAGGAGGAGGAAGGGGAAGAGGAAGUUGUUCAGGAGGAAAAAGAAAAUGUUAAAUUACAUGCCCUGGUCUCCGUGUUCCAAUUUAUCAUGAAACAAAGUUACAUUUGUGCUCUGAUAGCUAUGAUGGCAUGGAGUAUCACGUAUCACAGCUGGUUGACUUUUGUGUUACUGAUCUGGUCUUGCACAUUGUGGAUGAUUCGAGACCGAAGGAAAUAUGCCAUGAUCAGUUCACCAUUCAUGGUUUUCUAUGGAAAUUUGCUGCUAACAUUGCAGUAUAUAUGGAGUAUUGAGCUCAAGAAUGAUGAGCUUCCUCAAGUAUCCGGUUUUUUAGAAAGAAAGGAUCCCGGGGAGUUGGCAUCAAAGAUUCUUUUCACAAUUACUUUCUGGCUACUGCUUAGGCAACACCUCACUGAACAGAAAGCACUUCGACUAAAAGAAGCUACUUUAUCUGAGGUCAAAGUUGGAAGUGAAGAAAAUGAAGAAAAAGAAGAGGAGUUGCAAGAGGGAGAAGUGGCAGAAGAACAGGAAGAGGAGAAGGAGGAGGUGGAGGAGGAGGAAGAGGAUGAUGAGGAUGAACAGGAUAUUAUGAAAGUCCUGGGGAAGCUGGUGAUGGCUAUGUUCAUCAAGUACUGGAUUUACGUCUGUGGGGGCAUGUUCUUCUUUGUCAGCUUUGAGGGUAGAAUUGUCAUGUACAAAAUCAUCUAUAUGGUACUGUUCCUCUUCUGUGUGGCCCUCUAUCAGGUACACUAUGAAUGGUGGAGAAGGAUUUUGAAAUACUUUUGGAUGUCAGUGGUUGUUUACACGAUGUUGGUACUUAUCUUCAUCUACACAUACCAGUUUGAAUCAUUCCCUGGGUUGUGGAAGAACAUGACGGGCCUGGAUGAAAACAAACUAGCGGACCUUGGCUUAAAAAAGUUUUCUGUGGCUGAGCUAUUCACACGCAUCUUUAUCCCUACCUCCUUCCUACUGGCGUGUAUCUUACACCUUCACUAUUUCCAUGACCGAUUUCUCCAGCUCACUGAUUUAAAAGCUGUAACCAGCAAACAGGACAACACUAUCUACAGACUGGUACACCAAGAUGGAAGCCUGCCGGACAUAACUAUGAUGAAUUUAACAGCCAGCAGAGAAAAGGAAGAGGAUAAAAUGCUGGAAGAGGCUGGUGAGAAAAGAAUGGAAGAGCCAGAGGGGGAGGGAGGGAAAGGGAGGGUCAAAAAAGGAAAAGAAGAAGAAAAGGAAGAUGAAGACAAAGAGGAUGACGAUGAUGAAGACAAUGAAUCAGAGGAAGAAGAAACUACAGACUUAAGGAACAAGUGGCAUCUGGUGAUCGACCGCCUUACAGUGCUGUUUUUGAAAUUCCUGGAGUAUUUUCAUAAGAUGCAAGUCUUUGUGUGGUGGCUGUUGGAGCUGCACAUCAUCAAAAUCGUUUCCUCUUACAUCAUCUGGGUCACAGUGAAAGAGGUGUCUCUGUUUAACUUUGUGUUUUUAAUUGCCUGGGCUCUUGCUUUGCCAUAUGCUCAGUUUCGCCCAUUGGCAUCAAGUAUCUGCACUGUUUGGACAUGUGUGAUUAUUGUCUGCAAAAUGUUGUACCAGCUCACAUCUAUUGAUCCCAGCACUUUUUCCAGUAACUGUACAUUGCCAGGAGAGAAUGAAACUAAGGUCAAUUUAGAAGAACUCAAAACCUCAGUCCUCUACAGUGGGCCAGUUGAUCCUGCAGAGUGGGUUGGAUUGAGGAAGUCUUAUCCCCUGCUUGUAUACUUAAGGAAUAACCUACUGAUGCUGGCUAUUCUGGCUUUUGAAGUUACAAUCUACCGUCAUCAAGAGUACUACAGAUGUCGAAAUAACCUUACUGCACCUGUGACUAAAACCAUUUUCCAUGAUAUUACAAGAGCGCAUCUGGAUGAUGGACUGGUAAACUGUGUCAAGUAUUUCAUAAACUAUUUCUUCUACAAGUUUGGCUUGGAGACCUGUUUUCUUCUAUCAGUGAAUGUUAUUGGUCAACGAAUGGAUUUUUAUGCCAUGAUUCAUGCCUUCUGGCUGAUUGCUGUAUUGUAUCGACGUAGAAGAAAAGCUAUUGCAGAGAUCUGGCCAAAAUACUGCUGUUUUCUGGCAUGCAUCAUUAUGUUCCAGUACUUCCUUUGCAUUGGCAUCCCACCUGCUCCUUGUAAAGACUAUCCAUGGAGAAGUGGUAAUGCCAACUUCAACUCCAACAUCAUAAAGUGGUUAUACUUUCCAGACUUCAUUGUGAGACCAAACCCUGUCUUCCUUGUCUAUGAUUUCAUGUUGCUGCUGUGUGCAUCCUUACAAAGGCAGACGUUUGAGGAUGAAAAUAAAGCUGCAGUACGAAUCAUGGCUGGAGACAAUGUGGAAAUCUGCAUGAAUCUUGAUGCAGCAUCUUUUAGUCAGCAUAAUCCUGUUCCUGACUUCAUUCACUGCCGGUCCUACUUAGACAUGUAUAAGGUGAUAAUAUUUAGUUACCUCUUCUGGUUUGUGCUUACUAUAAUCUUCAUAACGGGAACCACAAGAAUCAGCAUAUUCUGCAUGGGCUACUUGGUAGCCUGCUUUUAUUUCCUUCUCUUUGGUGGAGAUCUGUUGCUGAAGCCCAUCAGGAGCAUUCUGCGUUACUGGGACUGGCUGAUUGCCUACAAUGUCUUUGUGAUCACAAUGAAGAACAUCCUCUCAAUAGGAGCAUGUGGCUACAUUGAAUCAUUAAUUAAGAAUAGUUGCUGGUUGAUUCAGGCAUUUAGCCUGGCUUGUACAGUUAAAGGCUACCGUAUUCCAACCAACAAUCUAGACUGUAAACUGCCCAGUGGAGAAGCAGGAAUCAUCUGGGACAGUAUAUGUUUUGCUUUCUUGCUGCUGCAAAGAAGAGUCUUCAUGAGCUAUUACUUCUUGCAUGUGGUUGCAGACAUAAAAGCUUCUCAGAUCCUAGCAUCAAGGGGUGCUGAGCUUUUCCAGGCUACAAUUGUCAAGGCAGUAAAGGCAAGAAUUGAAGAGGAAAAAAAAUCAAUGGAUCAACUGAAAAGACAAAUGGAUCGCAUCAAAGCCAGGCAGCAAAAAUAUAAAAAGGGUAAAGAGAGGAUGCUAAGCAUGACCCAGGAGUCCUCGGAGGGGCCGGAGAUUCAGAAGGUUUCUGAAGAAGAUGAUGAAGGAGAAGCAGACAAAGAGAAAGCCAAGGGCAAAAAAAAGCUGUGGUGGCGGCCUUGGGUUGAUCAUGCUUCCAUGGUCAGAAGUGGAAAUUAUUAUUUGUUUGAGACGGAUAGUGAAGAAGAAGAGGAAGAGGAGAAAAAAGAAGAGGAAGAGCCUCGAAAAAAAUCUGCAUUUCAGUUUGUUUAUCAGGCCUGGAUUACUGACCCUAAAACAGCACUACGACAGAGGCGCAAAGAGAAGAAAAGCUUUGGCAAAGAGGAGAGGCGCAGGCGAAAAGGAUCUGGGGAUGGUGGCACUGAUGCGGACUGUGAAGACAGUGAAGAGGAACCUGUCAAGAAGAAAUCUGAUGGACCAGAUAACAUCAUCAAGAGGAUAUUUAAUAUCUUGAAGUUCACUUGGGUGCUUUUCCUGGCAACCCUAGACAGUUUUACAGCUUGGCUUAAUUCCAUCUCAAGAGAACACAUCGAUAUCUCCACUGUGCUAAGAAUUGAGCGCUGUAUGCUGACCAGGGAGAUUAAAAAGGGAAACGUUCCAACACGGGAGAGCAUCCAUAUGUAUUACCAGAACCACAUGAUGAAACUUUCUAAGGAGUCAGGACUGGACUCAAUUGAAAAAAAUGCUGGUCAAGCUUCUGGUUUGCAAGCAUCUGAAAGAAUGGAUAGUUUAGAUUCAGCAGCUUCUCGUGACAGUAUGUCCAGCUGCUACACUGAAGCAACCAUGUUGUUCUCAAGGCAGUCAACCCUUGAUGAUUUAGAUGGACCAGACACUGUUCCUAAAACAAGUGAGCGCGCUCGACCUAGGCUUCGUAAAAUGCAGAGCAUGGAUAUGUCCUCCUCAUCAGCUGACAGUGGCAGUAUAGUGUCAAGUGAACCUACGCAGGUCACCAUGCUCUAUUCUCGUCAGGGGACAACAGAAACCAUUGAGGAGGUAGAAGGGGAGCAUGAAGAGGAAGGAGCUCGUUCUUCAUCAAGGCAGGAGGAAGAGGAGGUAGAAGAUUAUAGCCUGGAUUCAGAAGGAGCUGCGUAUACUCCUGAUACUGAUGUGCCAUUGUACUCCACUGUGGACAGCAAUGCAGAAGCUCCACCUUCCUAUAGCAAAGCUGUCAGCUUUGAACACCUUCCCUUUGGCUCCCCAGAUGACUCAGCUGAUAAGAGCCUCAUGAUGGUGAGCCCAGAUGACAGUCGGACGGACAAACUUAAUGAUACCAUUCUCCCUCCAUUGACGCAUGAACUAACGGCUAGUGAGCUGCUUCUGAACAAGAUGUUUCAUGACGAUGAGCUGGAGGAGUCAGAGAAGUUCUAUGUUGGUCAACCUCGAGUCUUGCUUCUUAUUUAUGCCCUGUACAAUACGCUGGUGGCCCGGUCAGAAAUGGUGUGCUAUUUUGUGAUCAUCCUUAACCACAUGGUCUCUGCCUCCAUGAUAACCUUGGUGCUUCCCAUCCUUAUAUUCCUUUGGGCUAUGCUGUCUGUUCCUCGGCCAAGCAAACGUUUCUGGAUGACUGCCAUUGUCUACACUGAGGUGGCUAUUGUCAUCAAGUACUUCUUCCAGUUUGGCUUCUUUCCUUGGAAUAAAUAUGUGGAUUACACAAAAGACAAACCUUACCAUCCACCCAAUAUUAUUGGCAUUGAGAAGAAAGAGGGUUAUGUGCACUAUGAUCUCGUUCAGCUGCUUGCUUUAUUCUUCCACAGAUCCAUUUUAAAGUGCCAUGGAUUAUGGGAUGAAGACGAGAAAGGGGACAGCUCCAGUAAUAAAGAGGAUACUGAUGAUGAGCUCUCUCUGACAGGAGGCAGGAGAGACUCUUCUGCCUCUUUGAAAUCUGUCAAUCUUGCGGCAUCGGUGGAGUCCAUCCAUGUCCACUUCCCCGAGCAGCAGACCGCCAUCAGGAGGAAGAGCUCUAGCAGUGUGUCACAGCUUUCACACAGGUCCAGCUUCUCCUCACACAGAUCUAAGAGAGGAAGUACCAGUACACGAAACAGCAGUCAGAAAGGAAGCAGUGUGUUGAGCAUCAAGCAAAAAUCUAGGAAAGAGCUUCUUAUGGAGAAGUUUCGAGAACAAAUGAUCAAAGCCAAGGCCUUUACAAUUAAAAAGACUCUCCAGGUAUAUGUGCCCAUCAGACAGUUUUUCUACAAUCUCAUUCAUCCAGACUACAGUGCAGUGACCGAUGUAUAUGUGCUGAUGUUCCUCGCAGAUACAGUGGACUUCAUCAUCAUUGUAUUUGGAUUUUGGGCUUUUGGGAAACAUUCUGCAGCAGCAGAUAUCACCUCUUCAUUAUCAGAGGACCAGGUCCCGGAGGCAUUUUUGGUGAUGGUGCUCAUUCAAUUUGGUACCAUGGUGGUAGAUCGAGCACUGUACCUCAAAAAGACUGUCAUGGGAAAGGUCAUCUUCCAGGUCAUCCUUGUUUUCGGAAUACAUUUCUGGAUGUUCUUUAUCUUGCCUGGAGUGACAGAAAGGAAAUUUAGCCAUAACACAGUUGCUCAGCUCUGGUAUUUCGUGAAAUGUGUUUAUUUUGGCUUAUCAGCAUAUCAGAUACGCUGUGGAUAUCCAACCCGUGUUCUUGGCAACUUCCUUACAAAAAGUUAUAACUAUGUCAACCUGUUCUUAUUUCAAGGAUUCCGCCUGGUUCCCUUUUUGACUGAGCUGAGAGCAGUAAUGGACUGGGUUUGGACUGACACCACUCUCAGUCUUUCCAGCUGGAUCUGUGUUGAAGAUAUCUAUGCUCAUAUAUUCAUCCUGAAGUGCUGGAGAGAGUCAGAAAAAAGAUAUCCCCAACCAAGAGGCCAGAAGAAAAAGAAAGUUGUGAAGUAUGGAAUGGGUGGCAUGAUUAUCGUCUUGCUGAUUUGUAUUGUCUGGUUCCCACUGCUCUUCAUGUCUUUAAUCAAAUCUGUUGCAGGCAUCACCAACAAGCCUCUAGAUGUAUCAAUCACAAUAACUCUAGGAGGUUAUCAGCCUAUUUUUACAAUGAGUGCUCAACAAAGUCAGCUCAAGGAUUUGAAUCAGACUGGUUUCGAUACGUUUCUGGGAAGCUAUAGGGGUAACACUGGUGCUUUGCAGUUUCUAGAGGGCUAUGGAAAAGAAGAUAUAACUCUAGCAGAUCUAGAGGGAAAUUCAAACUCUUUAUGGACCAUCAGCCCUCCCAGUAGAGAGAAAAUGAUCCAGGGACUGCUGGAUUUUUCAGCUGAGUUCACUGUAGUUCUUUCAUGGAGCAUUCAAAGAAAUCUCACCCUUGGUGCCAAAGCCGAAAUAGCAUCAGAUAAACUUACUUUUGUUCUGCCAGAGAACACCAGAAGAGAUAUUGCCACAAUGAUGUCUGGACAGCAACUGGAAAAGGUAACAUUAGAGACAGUGUACCCGUACUACAUCAAGGCUCCUAGUGAUUCUCUGGCAAAACCCAUAAAGCAGCUAUUGACAGACUGCAGAUGGGAAAACAUUACAGUUUCCCUGGUCAAAAAUGUGUCCGAUGAGGGAGUUCGUGAGUGGUGGGUUUUGAAUCAGCUUGGAAAAAGAUACAAAACGUCUGAAGAGAGUCUUGAACUCUUCAUAUUCAGUGAUAAAGUCAGUCCACCAAGCCUUGGAUUCUUAGCUGGUUACGGCAUCAUGGGACUAUAUGCCUCGGUUGUCCUGGUGAUAGGGAAGUUCGUCCGUGAAUUUUUCAGUGGGAUCUCUCACUCCAUCAUGUUUGAGGAGCUACCCAAUGUAGACCGAAUCUUGAAGUUGUGUACCGACAUUUUCUUAGUGCGAGAGACUGGAGAACUGGAACUAGAGGAAGACCUGUAUGCCAAACUAAUAUUCCUAUAUCGCUCACCAGAGACUAUGAUCAAGUGGACUAGGGAAAAAACUAAUUGAUCUCUUUGGUGUCACACUGCAAAUCGAGUUGAUUUCAUCUGAAUUUUAAAGGAAAAAAAAAAAAGCACAAUAUUCUCUUAAGAGCUAAGCCUUUUAUAGUUAGGUAGCAAUGAUUUUUCACUGAAGGAGUCCUGGAAGCUACGGCCUUAGGAAUCCAUGCUGCCUUUCAAAUUAAGGAUCAACAGUGAAUAAGGUUGGAUGAUUUGUUGUUUUUAAUGUGCCACUCCUCUACAAUCUGGGGACUGCUUUGUAAUUUAAUCAACAAAAAGUUUGCAUCUUUGUCUGGCUAAUUUAAUUUUCCAGACCAUCAUUACAACUUCAAGAGAAAAGAAAGGAGUGAACCCACAGAUGACUCCAGUGUACCUUCUUAACCCUUUCUGGAGCCAUUCAGAUUGGAUUGUGCAAUAUGCUGUUGUACAUCACUGACUUUCAAACUACAGUAAUGGGACGCUGACUAGCCUUCAGGACACCCAAGACCCAGGGCCGCAGUGGGAACUGAAGACAUUCUAGCCCUACCCAUUUGUAGAAAAGCAGAGGUUUUGAUGUACAAAGGACACUGUGGACAAGCCUCUGUUAGCAAAAAGCAAACAAGUAACAAUCUCUUUAAAUGCCUUAUUUUAUUUGUACAGUCACAGAAAACAUUUCCACCAAACAUCAGUGACUUUUCUCAGGAAAAAAAAAAAGCAACUGAAACUUCAAACUUCGUCAAGGUUAACUAAUGGCUAGAAUAAUUAUGGUGAAUUAUUGGGGUGUUCUGCUGGGCC